GCCCGCCGUCAUCCUCGUCUCCCAGUCUCAUUUAUUUGGCAGGGAAACUUUUAGUAGGAAAGCGAAAGGAAACCCUAGAUUUGUAGGAGCACAUACCUGCUGUGGGGGCGUUCACGAGACCAAUUUUGGUUCGAACCCACAGAUCCGGACAUCCUAGGUUAGGUUUCGUGAGCUUGGUUGUAAAGGGGGAGGCAUAGAUCCGCGGUUUGUGGGUGCGUUGGCAGUGUUUUGGCUGAGGCACGGAACAGGCGGCACAUCGCCCACGCGGAUGUGAUUCGUGGUUCCGCCCACCGCCUCUCACCAAUAGUACUACACUUACCUUAGGCACACGACGUGGAUCCACGCAGUUCGUGGGUUUCUAGGUUUGCUCUGAAAUUUUCUCGAGCAGUUGCGUGGUUGCACACAACAUCAUCCCGUAAGGUUAGUGCCUAGGAUUCAGCCUGUAGAUCUAGCAUUAUUGGUUUCUCACACUCCCGCCUCUGCUUUGCUUGCACAGCUGGUACUUCCAGGCAGCAAAACGGCAGCAUCAACUGCUUGCCAGUUGCCAGUUGCCACCGCAAACACCUCCGGGCUACCGCUAGAACUCUUGCUCCCGCUGCACCCUUGGGAAAUUUAUUUCCAACUGGUGGGAACAAUUGCCUUCCAUCGCUGGAACAUUCCAGUGAAUGGCAUGGAACAGUUGAGUGCACCGGCUAGAAGACAAUAUAUAUAUAUAGGCUUCCGAGGGCUCGCCAUGGGUAGCGGCGAAAUCUGUGGAGGAUCAGGUGGUGGGAAGCCCAGGCGGUGGCAUCUGAGUGGAGGUCAGCACACCCAGCAGACGUGCAGAAGCAUUGGACGAGAGGAGAGGAGCGAACUUGACGGGGUCGCCCCGCUCCCACAGAAGCACAGGGUGAAAGAUGACCCAUUAAACAGGCCAUAUUGUGGCUGACCUAUGUCGGAUCAGGGAAUACAUGCUGCUUCUGUUCGAGACACCCUCUGGCUUUGCAGUCUUCCUUUUUUGUGGGUCACUCAUUAACCCACCUAGAUCUCUGGAGGACAUAUGGCUUAAUUUCGCUGACAGUAACACGGCAAAAGGGGUUGUUUUGCUGAUGGAGUUCCAAACUUUUGAGGACAAGUCCAGUGCCAUUAAUCAGAACACUGGUGUCAGUGAAAGGCUUGCUGACAUGAUCAGGGCGUGGCUCCCUGGUAAGAAAAUGGCAGUCGGAAAGCCUGAAUAUAAGGAAAUCAUUGAAGAGAGAUUGGAAAUAGAAUGCCUGUAUAAUAAACGGGUGAUGGAGGUAAUGUGGGGCAUACAGAAUUGCAUGCCAGGUUUGAUACCUAUAGAAAAAUCACAGCUGGCUAAAGAGGACCGCCUCCCGAGUAAGGGAUUGCAAAAAUUCUUGAAGUGUUAUGACUGUAAUGUCAAACCAGAGAUGUCAUGCGCGAAGCAGGUGCUGUCAUUAAGGAUGUGUCUGGCAUCAGCUGUGAGGGUUGGAGCUUACUGGACAUUGCAACAGCUCUGAAGAUGAUAUGGAAGCCUAAAAAAGUUGGCAAUUCUUCUCUGGUUUCAAAAGAUGAGGCACUAAGAUUGGUGAACGAUGCAUCUAAAUAUGAAGCUCUGGUGAAUAAGCAUGCUUAUUUUUUUCCAAGAAAACGCAAAAGACCUUUGCGUUUCAUUUCAUUGACAAAGAAAUGUUGAAAGCUCAUGAUUAUAGGAUCUCGAAAGAAGACCUACUGAAAUCAUUGGUUGAGGGCCUGAAGAAACCAUAAGGCUCACGGCUAGCUGAAACUGCCUGUUCAUAGUCUGAUGGGAGUUUUUGGCAUGUUGGUUCACAGGGUAUUAUUGAACAUAAGCUGAUCUUGGUUGACUUCAUUGCAGUCUCAGUCUGAGAUGAUCCGUACGAAAAAGUGCAGUGCUAAUUAAAUUUGAGCAACCCUGCUUAAUUGGCUAUCAAGUAUUUUGCUAUCUUAAUUUGAACCUAUUGUUUUUAUCUGGUCAUAUGGAAUCUCAGAUCGGUUACGUCUAA